UUAAAUUAUUUCUACAUCAAAUAGAUAAUACUCAGAUAUAAAAUAAAGUUAUCUGCUUAAUUUUUACCACUGAACUGUUUUGUUCAGUAAAAGUUGCAUUCUCAUAUUUAUAAAUUAACCUGCUAUAUUAUAUAGAGUAUUUUUCCUCUAAAAAUGUGGUUUAAUAAGUAUUUAACAGUAAAUAAAUCAUGUUGAUUAUGGCUACAGAUUACUAAUAAAUUAAUACCUACCGAUUAUUAAUCGGGUUCACGUUUAAAUAUUUUAUGCCUACUCCACAUAAAAUACGUUGAUAAUUUUUUUUUCUAUCGACUAAGUUAGGUCUAAAUAAACCUUAUUUAUAGUAGGCUUAUACAAAAUAUGUUUUAAUACAUCAUUAUUUUGAAAUCGUGUAUAUUUAAAAUAAUAAUUGAUAAUAAAUUUCUAAAGCUCUGUUGUUAAAAACAAAUGGUAUUCGCGAUUGUCUGAGUGUCAAAUUGUAUGUAUUGUGACUAUAUAGUAUUAUUUAGUUACCACAUAAUCUUUACAAUUCGCAUUAGAUUAAGAAUGUAUAUGCAAUUAUACAAUUACAGAUGGGCAAAGCACCGGGUUUAAACCCGGUGCUUUGGUAAAAACCCAAUAAACACCCAUAAACUCCCAUAAUCACCCAAAAAAAUAGGUUUUUACGUAUUUUUUUGAAAAUAUGUAAGUAAUACCAAUAAAUUAUUUUUAUAAAUUGUAUUGAUCAAUUCUACAAUAUUAAAUAAAACGUUAACUAAUAAUAUUUCAGGAAAUUUUAAAAAUCUAUAUAUAAUAAAAUGAAAGUAAUUAAUUUUCAGUGUUUUCAUGUUGCAGUUGAUCAACAUGUUGGCCUUUUGCUUCCCGUAGAUACUUUAAAAUUUCUUCAUAACACCUCGUUCGCACACAUGGCCGUAUAUAUUUAAAUUCUUGAGCCACUAACAGUCCGAAAUACUCAUUUCUUUUAUCCUCUUCUCCAUAAAUUAAGCAUUUAGAACAGUUUGUUUCUUCUUUCAGUAAAUUUUCUUUUAUUUUAUCCUCGUUUUUUUUCUUUGUUGCGACGACGCUGGGUAAAUCAUCUGGACACUGGGUCUCACUAUUGCCAAAUAUAUUUGGAGAUCGGCUUCGGCUACGGCUUGGCAGACAUUUUUUUCUUUCUACAAUUUUAAAUUAAAUUUAUUAGAAUAAAUGCUUCGAACACACGCGAUCUAAGUACCUUUUGUGUUUAUUAUACCUUACCUACCUAGGUAUAAAAAGAGUACUUACGUAGAUUUUCUUUUAUUAACUGUUUUAUACGAAGAUCUUGAUCUCUCAAAUUAGCAUCCAUUUUACUUCCAGUGAUUAUCAACUAAAUUAAUAAUCCACAAAGUAUUAAAUAACGUUUUUAUGAAAUAUUUAGCACAAAAACAAUACCCUUUAAAUAUCGAUCGUCAGUAACUGUGGCUGACUUACCUAUAUUCUAGCAAGCAGGACUGCCAGAUGUGAAGGGGAAAUCCCCAAUAAAUUGUUGCAUGUGACUGAUGAUGUGAGCAUGUUCGUUUCAUAAUAAAAAUGUUGCCAGGUAACCAAAAAGUCGUAUGUUUUUGUGCGAAUUACGAUCAUAAUCUUUACGAUCGUACAUUAAAAAAUAGACAAAUAAUAGUAUGAGUACGAUUUAAAUCGUAUAUCUGUCAACCCUGCUAGCAAGACAGCGACAAAAUCACGUUGCAUAACAAUGUAGCCCAAGCUUAUAUCUUAUGAAAUAUACGGAAGAGAUACGGACUUAGAAAAAACAGAAAUGUUGUUCUUUGUGGAAGUCAUUGAUGAAAUUCUAUGUAUUUUAGCCCGCAAACUUUCUUCAAACAAAAACAGCGCCAUCUAGUAUCGAGUUCUGUAAUUAUCUCUUUGUUUAUGGAUUUGAAGUAAGACCGCCACGCAUGCAAUACAUUAUGACUGGGGAUUCCCCUAUUCGUCGACGCUGAAUAUGAGGCGACGACAAUCACUGUCAAACGUGUUCACUAUUACUCUGACUCUGGUAACGUGACUUCCUGGUAACGUGUUAGGUAGGAAAAGCAGUAAAAAAGUGCAUAUUAAGGGAGCAGAUUUGAAAUAAUAUUUAUACUUAACAAGAAAUAAUUAAAGGUUCAAUGGGGAGACCUAAAGAUUUACGCAUAUGGGAGCACUACCGUACUUUACCAAACAAGUCUGUUUCUUGCAAGCUUUGUAAUAAGGUCUACAAAUUCAGUAAUGCUGCCAAAAUGCUUCAACAUCUUAUCACUUGUCCAAAAUCUCCAGAAACAUUAAAAGACUCUAUGAAACUUAUAAAAGAUAGCUCGUCCAAAACCAAAAUGUCUGGACUGUCAGAGAUAGAGACAAAUGAUUCUUUUAUAAGCCCCUCGUCGUCUGCUAACACUACAAUAAAUGCUGAGUUUCAAGACACCGAUGAUCAUAUAAAAACAGAAUUAGCGAGAGCUAUAUUUGUAACAGGGACGCCAUUAUCGAUGGUGCAACAUCCUUUAUGGAUACAAUUUUUCGAAAAAUUGCAACCAAAAUUUAAAAUACCUUCACGUAAAGCUUUAGCGACAAAAUACUUAGAUAAAAUAUAUAGAGAAAUGCGUUUUGAGUUAAAUGAGGAACUAAAUGCUUGUAGUUACUUACACCUUCAGUGCGAUGGCUGGUCUAAUUUAAGAAAUGAAGGAAUAAUAAACUUUCUUAUAUCAAAACCUCAACCUGCAUACGUUAAAAGUUUGAAUACAGAAAGUAAUCCUCACACUAGUGAAUACCUUAGCCAAGAAGUUGAAAAAGUAAUGAAAGUGUAUGGAGCAAAUAAGUUUCUUGUACUUAUUGGCGAUAACGCUAGAAAUAUACAAAAGGCAUUCGAAUUAACAAAACUCAAAUAUCCACAUGUUGUUCUUCUCGGUUGCUGUGCACAUAUCCUUAACUUGUUGUGCCAAGAUAUUGUAAAGAUACAAGAAGUAACUGUGUUUAUUAUGCAAGCCAUAAAUAUAAUAAAAACUGUUAAAAGGAGUCAACGAUUAAGUUCCUUGUUGAUAAAAUCAAGGCAGGGUGAAGAUUCUACACAAACACUAAAAUUGCCUUGUGCUACAAGAUGGGGAAGUCAUGUUACUUCGUUAAAAAGUUUGAAAGCAAAUAAGAUAGCUUUGCAAAUAUUAACAGUUAGAGAAGAUGUGGUAAUUUCAAGAGAUAUUAAAGAUUUAAUUCUAAGUGAUGAUUUCUGGACGAAGACAGGGGAAUGUAUAAGUAUUUUGGAACCAGUCACUGAAAGCAUAUUUUACUUAGAGAGCGACCAGAAUCGUUUGCAUCGCACAUACAUUACAUUUAGAGAUGUACAAGCUAAGAUACGUUUUGCAUUAAAUGAGAUUUCGACAUUGAGCGAAGAAAGCAAACAGCAGAUUCUAACAUCAGUAUCUUCAAGAUGCAAUAUGGCAAUGAGGCCAAUACAUUUUGCAGCAUAUAUUCUAGACCCCAGGACUCUAGGAGUCGAACUUACUCAAGAGGAAGAACUUAAGGGUAUGGAGUUUAUCUACAAUUUAAGCCAACACUUAAGUUUGUCAAAUGUAAUGGCAGAUUUGGCGUGUUAUAAAGCUAAAGAAAACUUUUGGGCCAGAGGAUUUGUAUGGAGCUCAUUAGAUAGCAUUGAGCCCCUAAUAUGGUGGAAAGGUAUUUGUGGUUCCACUGAGUUAAGCAAAGUAGCGAUUCGUAUUCUAUCAGCUCCCUGUACUUCGGCAGCCACUGAGCGUUCCUUUAGUAUCCAAGGCUACAUACAUAAUAACAAAAGAAAUCGACUUACAACUGAAAGAACUGAAAAAAUUUCAUUCAUUUGUUAUAACUGGAAUCUUAAACAUAAAGCUGAAUGCGAGGACAUUCAGUUUAAUGAAGAAAAUACCUUAGAAGCUUUCAUUGAGCAAGUAAAUGAACAUAACAGUUUAGACGAAAUAGAGCCUAUCGAACCUAUACAAUUCAUCGCUUGUAAUAACUCUGAAUCUGACAGUGAUUGACUGUAGUUUUACAUUUUACUUUCAUCUCUUUCUUAAUAAACUCAAAAUCAAAUUAAAAGUUUUUUAUUCUGUAGGCUGCAUAAUAAUACUGUCUAUGUCCAGUAUAGUGGACGUCUUGCGGCUGAGAUGACGAUGAUGAAGUACAAAAUCAUAAACACCCAAAAAUUUGGGUGUUUAUGGGGUUUAAACCCAAUAAACCCAAAACACCCGGUUUUUACCCACCAGACUUUAAACCCACCCAGGUGGAUUGCCCAUCUCUAUAUACAAUCGCCUGACUUGAAUACUUUUAAUUGUUAGUUCUAACAUAUUUUGCGUAAUGUGCAGGUUGCAUGGAUGGAGGUUAGUUAUAUUUUCAUUCGAUAAUGAAAUGGAAUUUGCCAGUUUUAAGCCCAGAGUGUUUUAUGGAUUUUUUGUUUUAUACUCUUAUCUUAGAUUAUAUAGAUAGAUAGAGUGUUUUCACACAAAUGCGUCACUAAAAACAGGUCAACUUUUUAUCCAUGUGUGCGUGAAUUGGGUUACCAUAAUAAUACAUUUAUUACUUACUAUAUGGAAAAAUUGUAUUGUAAGGUUUAAUUAAAUAAUAUAUUUCAAUACACAAAAUAAACACUGCAUAAUGAUUCGUAAAGAUAUUUAUCUUUAUUGAUUACUUUGAUCCGUUAAGGAUAUAAAAUACAUUUUUGGUUUUAAAUAAUUGAAAACAGUCAUUAUUUUAAUUAGUACAUCUAUAUUAAUUUAAAAGCAAAACAUACAUAUGUAUAUUUAUAUUUUAUUGAAAAAAAGUCCCAAUUCAAUAUAAAAAAAAUCUCAUCUGAGAAGUAUUUUAAUCCAAUUAAUUAAUUUUAAUACUAAAAAAGCAUGUUUUGUUUGUAAUUUAAAAAAAAAAUCUGUAAAUAUUUAGUCAGCCAAACGUCAAAUUAGCUGAUUAAAUUUUGACCUGUUUUUGUACACUCGAUGCUCUAGCUAUAAAAUCUAAGACUCGUAUAUACAUAUUUAUAUUUAUAAAACCUUGUACAAUACA